AGACAACAAGAGCUAUGAUUAGUCCGCCGAACUACAUCAUUUCUGGCAUUUCUUCCCUCCGGUGUCACUUCCUGUUGUAGUGCCAGCAGCGCCAUUUUUAAAAGAACUGCUGUUGUGAUCGGAUCUCGACUCAUCUGUUGAUUUGGAAUUGAAAGUUUGGAUCAUGCUGGAUCAACUCAAAGAACGCCUGGCAGAGGAGGUACGCAAGUACCCGCACCUCUACGAUUCGUCCUCUCGGCAUUAUAAAGACAUCAAGAUGUCAAACAACUCCUGGAGAGAAAUAGCCGAAAACACAGCAGAGUCCGGAAGAUUGCGCCAAGAGAUGGAAGAACCUCCGGGACACAUACGCCCGUCUUCGGGGAACGAUGGUGUCGGCCGGCGGAGAGAAAGUCCCCGUACUGGUGUUUUUUCUGUCCUGGCUGGCACCGCAUAGAAAACAUAGGGAAACGUCGUCAAAUUAUGACGCCAAGCCCUCAUCAGCAGACCCAUACUCCCAACCAUCUCCAACCUCCCACCAGCCAUCGACUUCACCGGUGCCGCCACUCACCUCACCAGUGCCGUCGUCUGUUCCCACACUCCAAGAAACAUUGCAAUCCACCUCACCAGUGUCACUGUCGUCUAUUCCCGCACCCCAAGAAUCACAGUCAUCUCAGCCAUCCUCCUCAUGUGGUCCAGCACACUCCUUCACUUCGUCUGACACAUCAGCCUCUUGGCCAGAGACUCCCCAGCUCCUGUUCUCCAGCCCUCAAGGUGCGUCUGCCUCCCCAGCCUUUGUGCCACCGCGGUCUCCUCAGUCCCGGCCGGGAAAGAAGAGAAAGAACAGAGACCAGGACGACUGGUUCAUUGAGCGGAUGAAGCAGCUGGAGGGCCGACUGCUGGAAGUCCAGAAAGCCAUGGACAACAAUGACGAAUACUCACGGUUUGGGCAGACAGUGGCUGAUAUGUUGAGGAGGGUGCCCGAGGACAACAGGGGUGACGCCAUGUUCGCCGUAUACAGGGUUAGCAUAUGCGGAAGAACCCACAGAACUGAGCACGGCCCUUCCUUGGCAGUGCACAUAUACAUAUGUGUACAUAGCAUGUAAAUAGCUUUGUUUUAUUGCCUUUGUAAAUAGGUUUUCAAGUAGUACGUGUUUAUAUGAUGUGUAUAUGAAAUUUCUUGUGUGUUUUUGUAUUGACUUGCCCUUAUAGUCCAGUACUUUGCAUUUAUAAUAA